UUGACAUUUAGUCAUCUGUCAAGUCACUGAAUUUUCGACCUUGUUGACAUUCAAAUUUUCAUGAAUUUUAUCAAAAAAAUAAGUCUUUACAGUUUAACUUCACCGUAUUUAAAGAAAAUCGAUAUCCUACAUAAACCCCGCGGCAGUUUACUCAUCUGCAGACUCCAGCACCAGACUCCGAGGAUGUCCAAGACUGCGCUGAUGAUCCUGGCGGAGGGCGCCGAGGAGAUGGAGACCGUCAUCACCGUGGACAUGCUGAGGCGAGCCGGCGUGACAGUGACGGUGGCGGGGCUGGACGGGGCGGCGCCAGUGCUGUGCUCCCGGCAGAUCACCCUCGUGCCUGACAAGUCUCUGGCUGAUGCCCUCGCAGAGAGGCCUGAGUAUGAUGCUGUGAUCCUGCCCGGCGGGCUGGAGGGCUCGGACCGGCUCAGCAAGUCCAGUGCAGUUGGCACUCUGCUGAAGGAACACGAGAAGAAUGGGAAGAUUGUUGCAGCUAUCUGUGCUGCGCCGACAGCGUUCGCGGCGCACGGCGUGGCGUCCGGCAAGCGCGUGACGUCAUAUCCGACCACCAAGGACAAGAUGGCGGGCUACGAGUAUGUGGAGGGGGAGAGGGUGGUGGUAGAUGGCAACAUUGUCACUAGCCGGGGCCCCGGCACGGCCUACUGGUUCGGCCUGACUCUCAUCGAGCUACUGACUGACAAGGCAAAGGCGGAACAAGUGGAAAAGGGCAUGCUCAUCUCCAACUAUUAAGAAAAAUAUCUUGGCUGUAUGCGACAAGAUUCCCUUGCCGCCGAUUGUAAAUUAAAAACUAAAAAGAUGGCGCGUAUUUUUGAAAUGUCAAGUUUUCAAAAUGUCCGCCGCAAUUUUCUCAUAAAAUGGGAAGUUGUAAUUUUUGUAUCUCUAUAAAAAAACAAUCGUAAGUUAAGAUAAAUACGUAGUGGUGUCUAAAUAAUUUUUAAGGAUAAUUAAUUAGAUGGGUGAUUUUCUAAUGAAAUAAACACUUUGAAUGGUAAAA